GAUAUUUACAAGUAAGAGUUCUGCAAACACUGCUAUUCUUUUCUUGGUUGCCCGACCUGGUUCCAACAGCAGUCGUGGACCAGAACUACUCGUCGAAGAAGAGCGAGUCGAAAGGGAAGGCUCGGAUCAGCGAUCGCUGGCCGCAGCGACUAGCUCGAGGCUUCAAGAAGAACUGUUUGAGUCCGUACGACUCGUACUAACAAACGGUGAAAGACAGGGUCCUGAGUCAGAGACUGAGGAAGGUCCGCAGGGGUCAUGGCUGCCAAAUCAUCAGUCAUUCAGCUGGCUGUAGUAGUGCUGUUGAUAACUUUGGGAGUCGGUGGGCCUGUGGGAAGCCAACCAGCCUGCCUUGACGAGUUCGUGCUCCGCGGAAACAAUCUGUACCCUGUAAGCAAAGCUGAUGGUGAGCGUGUUGUAUCGCUAGGACCGAAAGACACUUGGCAAGAUUGCCAGACGGCUUGCUCAAGUAGCAGCAAAGUCUGCAAGUCCUGGACAUACUUUUUCGCAAAUGCCAGCAAAGCACUGCGACAGAGCUGCUUUGGACGUACAGAUGAGCACUGGGAUCCUCAGCUCUCGGAUUCAACAGUAGCCAGUGGCGUGAACUGCAAAUCUCCACCAGCUACUGCUCUGCCUAAUGCACCACCACCUAAUGUUCAGUUCAGCUGGGACCACGUUCCUGUGUUCAUUCAUACAUCGAACACAACUGGACCAUUCAACGACCAGGCAUUGCAGAUCAUGGCCAAGUUUCCAAUUGUCACAAUUGAGAAGUAUCAAGGUCCCAACAGUGGAUAUCAUUAUCCUGCUGAGAAAUGGGUGUGCUGUGAGGAAGAUCGCAUUGUGGAUACGUUGAAAUCUGUGAAAAAGAUCAACCCAAACAUCACAGGAAUCUUCUACUACAACAUGGUUCUGGACUUUCCACAGUAUCGAUUGCACGAGAACUUUGCCAAGAACGAGAGCUGGUGGCUUCAUGACCAACACGGCAAUGUAGUACGCGUUGCAGGAGGUGGCCACGGCCAUGCAGAUUUGCUUGUUUACGACACCAGGCAGAAAACUGUGGCCGAUCUGUUCAUGAAUGCGUGCUUGGAUCUUGUUCCCACUGGCGCAGUGGAUGGGUGCUUUGUAGACCGACCCGUGGAUGGCAUACCGGACACGGACACACCUGAAAAGUACCUCGACCUGAUCACGUCGCACAUUACCACCCUGCAAGAGUUUCAAAAUCGUCUUGGCAACGGUCCACUUGUGGCUAACCAUGGUUACAGCAUGCCCGGGGUCAAUGCUGUCAUGAUUGAGGGGUUCGCGGCCUCGGAGGAAAGCAUUGAGACCCUUCAAUGGAGUGCCAAGCGAGGCAAGCUCGUCGAAGCACACAUGUCCGGAGGAGAUUGUGACAGUGACGAGGGCAUUCACAACCAUCUCGCCGCGUUUCUCAUCGGCGCCGGAGAGUAUUCGUAUUUCGGAUGUGGCCCCUGGUUCAGGACAAACGAGUCAUCCAUCGCCACGCAAUGGAAGGCCUCCUACGAUAAGCCACUGGGUGCACCACUGGGACCAGCGGUCAAGACGGGCCAGGUCUACACGCGGAAAUUUGCCAGUGGCACAGCUGUCCAGUUUGACUGCUCAAGCAAGAAGGGCGAGAUCCACUGGAGCCCUGAGUCUUAAGCUGCUGCUGCUGCCAGCGUCUGCCUGGGCUAGGGCAGUGACUUAUCUACGAGCACACACCGUGUAAAGUUAUUCAUAAGUGAAUGUACUGAGUUGUGUGUAGAUGGCCAUCCUUUAUGCAGUUGUGCUACUGCGUACAGUUCACCAGACUUAAACCUAGCGUAUAACGAUAACUCAGGAAUACAUGUAACAACUCUACCCUCAGACCUACAUGUAGUUACACUGCUAUGGGCUCAUCAACUGCUAGGGCUCAUACACCGUAAUGGGCUCAUACACUGUAAUGGGUCAAUACACUGUAAUGGGUUCAUACGCAGUAAAGGGUUCAUACACUGUAAUGACGGCAUACACUGUAAUGACUUCAUACACUGUCAUGGAUUCAUACACCGUAAUGGGUUGGUACACUGCAAUGGGUUCAUACACUGUAAUGGGUUCAUACACUGUAAUGACUUCAUACACUGUAAUGGGUUCGUACACUGCUAUGGGUUCACACACUGUAAUGACUUCAUACACUGUAAUGACUUCAUACACUGUAAUGGGAUCGUACACUGCAAUGGGUUCGUACACUGCAAUGGGCUCAAACUUCAUAGUACUUCAUACACUGUAAUGACUUCAUUCACCGCAAUGACUUCAUACACUGUAAUGACUUUAUUCCCGUAGCUAUACUUCAGUAACGUCUGGCGCUAGCCAGGGU